AUGCCAUACACCCACCCAAUCACCCUAAUAAACAACACGCCCGAAACCCUAACAAUCGUCGAAAAAACCAUCUGGCACUACGCCAACGGCGGAAUAUGGACAGAGCACGAUCCAGACCUCACCCUAAACCCGCACCAGGGUCUCUUCCUCACCAUGAACGGCAGCGGCACGUCCGGCAUGCUCCGGGUUCGAUCCUCCUCAGGCGAAUUCUUCACGGUUGUCGUCGGGUACCACAACUAUGAGUUCUGGUGCGACGCCCAGGUUGACCUUGAGGAUGGCGAUACGGCGAUGAAGGUGCAUCCGGAGUAUUAUGGCAGCGGACGGUUGGCGGGCAGUGCGAGCGGGGAGAAGGGGGUGAAGAGGGAAGCAAGGGGUGGGAGGGCGGUUGAGGUGCGGCUGCAGCGGUUACCGUGUGGGAGGCCGCCGGUUGUUAUCACGUAUUCUUGA